AUGCCGACAGCGGCGCAGCGUGCUGCUAUGCGGGCUGGGCCUGCGAGAGAUACCGAGUCAGUGGCCACCUCGCGCAGCCAAGCCGAGGUUGUCGAAAUACCGGUCCCAAAGGUCAUUCCUCCGAGGGCGUGGAGCCCGACCCCGGCCUUCAGGCCCCUGUCGCAGUCGCUGCGCCCAUGGUCCGGGUCCCUUUACCAGCCCCUCCUGGUCCCAGCAGCUCCCAGCUUCGCACAUCGGGUGCCGGUGCCUUUGCCUCUGCAACCCGAGUCUCCGCUCUUCAGCUCCCACCAGCACUUCGCGUCUCCCCAUCCUCCCAGUCGCUUUCGGAGCUUCAGCCCACCUCUUUCACCCAAAGCCCGGCAGACGCCACCCGUCGCUGCUCGGCCUAUCUGGCCUCGUCCCACAGCUACAGCCCAAGGGCACUGGCAAAGCCCCAGUGUAGCAAGGCCUUCCCGGUCGCUCUCACCGCAACUUCGCCAGGUUUCACGGCCCUCUCCCGCUUCUCCACCGGAGCCUCGAACACGCCUUGCGCUGGCCCAGGAGACUCCAUCCCGUCACCACGAGUCCCCACCACGGAACGCGGAGCCGCCGCCGAGCCCUCCAAAGAGUGCUGCAGAGGCGCCAGUGGCAAGGAUGGUGAGCACCUCUUGGCUGCCAAAGCGCAACCACCGGGCUUCCACCGUGCUGGGUCGCGAGCCCAUGCCAAGCAUCGACAGGGACUUCGACGGCGCGGCUUUGGGCCUCGGCGCCUCAGACAGCCUGCCGGGGCCCAGCGUCGAGGCCAUGAAGCUGGAGCUGAAAAGACGGGGGCUGGACUUCGUCUUCUGCUUCUCAAGGGAGGAUCUGCAAAGGCGCCUGCGCGAGGAGAUGAUCGAGGAUUUUGCACGGGAAGCCGCCGAGAGGAAGCUGAGAAGUAUGUGCGAGGAUGCCGGCGAUUAG